CGGGGGGAGGAUGUGAUGACGCUGUGCGCAGCGGGAACCCGGCCUUUAAAAAGCCGAGGAAGCGGCCCUGAGCAGGCAGUGGCUACGCUGGAGGAAAGCACACGCAGGUCUCACAUUAAAGAAGCCAAACUGUCUGCUUCAAAGAAAAAAGGCAACAUCCUGUCACAGGCCAUGCUCUGGCAAAAAUCCACAGCGCCAGAACAAGCCCCGGCCCCGGCCCGGCCGUACCAGGGCGUCCGAGUGAAGGAGCCGGUGAAGGAACUGCUGAGGAGGAAACGUGGCCAUGCCAGCAGCGGGACGGCGGUGACACCUACCGCGGGGGCGAGUUGGAGAUGGCUGAACACUGACCCUGGUCUUCUUCCCCCUCAGGUGGUGCUGCCCCAUCAGCCCCUGGCCACGUACACCACAGUGGGUCCUUCCUGCCUUGACAUGGAGGUGGCUGCCUCCACCAUGACGGAGGAGGGGGCCCUGUGUGCAGGCUGGCUCUCUCAGCCUACCCCUGCCACCCUCCAGCCCCUGGCCCCGUGGACACCCUACACCGAGUAUGUGUCCCAUGAAGCUGUCAGCUGCCCUUACUCGGCGGACAUGUAUGUGCAGCCCGUGUGCCCCAGCUACACUGUCGUGGGGCCCUCCUCCGUGCUGACCUACGCCUCCCAGCCGCUCAUCACUAAUGUCACGACGAGAAGUGCCACCACACCCGCCGUGGGGCCCCAGCUGGAGGGCCCAGAGCACCAGGCACCUCUCACCUACUUCCCGUGGCCUCAGCCCCUGUCCACGCUGCCCGCCUCCACCCUGCAGUACCAGCCUCCGGCCCCAGCUCUGCCCGGGCCCCAGUUUGUCCAACUCCCCAUCUCCAUCCCUGAGCCAGUCCUUCAGGACAUGGAAGACCCCAGGAGGCCCAUCAGUUCCCUGACCAUCGACAAGCUGCUGCUGGAGGAAGAGGAUAGCGAUGGCUACGCGCUCAACCACACGCUCUCCGUGGAAGGCUUCUAGGGAGGGUCCCCACCUGAGAAUCCUGCUCCCCGAAACCGGGAUCGAACCUCAGAUUUCUGUCUGUGUGAAGUAGCCAUUUUGUGACUACACUUUUUACCCCAGAGUAGAAAUUGCAAACUGGCAUCCUUUCUCUCUCCCUUCUUCUCUCUUUCUUUAUUUCCUUCCCUUCCUUCAUUCCUCUCUUCCUCUCCCUUUCUCAUCCCCUUCCCCCUUUUCUGUUCCUUUUGGGGAAGGAAUGGCAGGGAUUUUAGAGGGAAUAUUUGAUGGCAAGUGUUGUAGAUCUGUGGUCUGGGUUUUUGUUUUGUUUUUUCAUUUCUGCCAUGUUUCUUUCCUGGAGAUCAACCACCCUUCUUGAGUGCUCACUGCUUCCAGAGCUGCCCUCUGUCAUGUUGGGAUGUAUGGGGUGGCCCUGCCAGCACCUUCCAGGCCAGACCCAAUGCCACA